GCGGGAGUCUCCGAGAGAAGAAAAGCAGGUGGAAGGAGAGGAAGCGGAUGCCGUGGGUUCACAGCAGGAAAAUCCGUGGAGACAGCAGAUCCGAGAAGCGGCGAUGUUUGCGUAGAACCCUGAACGUGCUUCCUUCGGCCUGUCGCUCUUCCCUUCUCUCUGACCAGCACCAUGCUUCUCCUGGUGACAAGCCUUCUGCUCUGUGAGUUACCACACCCAGCGUUCCUCCUGAUCGCAGAGAAAUCAGAUCUGCGAACAGUGGUACCAGCUUCUGGUCUCAAUGUGAGGUUUGACUCCAGGACGAUGAAUUUAAGCUGGGACUGCCAAGAAAACACAACCUUCAGCAGGUGUUUCUUAACUGACAAGAAGAACAGAGUCGUGGAACCCAGGCUCAGUAACAACGAAUGUUCGUGCACAUUUCGUGAAAUCUGUCUGCAUGGAGGAGUCACAUUUGAGGUUCACGUGAAUACUAGUCAAAGAGGAUUUCAACAGAAACUGCUUUAUCCAAAUUCAGGAAGGGAGGGUACCGCUGCUCAGAAUUUCUCCUGUUUCAUCUACAAUGCGGAUUUAAUGAACUGCACCUGGGCGAGGGGUCCGACAGCCCCCCAUGACGUCCAGUAUUUUUUGUACAUACAAAACUCAAAGAGAAGGAAGGAGAUCCGGUGUCCUUAUUACAUACAAGACUCAGGAACCCAUGUGGGAUGUCACCUGGAUAACCUGUCAGGAUUAACGUCUCGCAAUUACUUUCUGGUUAACGGAACCAGCCGAGAAAUUGGCAUCCAAUUCUUCGAUUCACUUUUGGACACAAAGAAAAUAGAACGAUUCAACCCUCCCAGCAAUGUCACCGUACGUUGCAACAGGACGCACUGCCUCGUACGGUGGAAACAGCCCAGGACCUAUCAGAAGCUGUCGUACCUGGACUUUCAGUACCAGCUGGACAUCCACAGAAAGAAUACCCAGCCUGGCACGGAAAACCUACUGAUUACUGUUUCUGGUGAUUUGGAAAAUAGAUACAACUUUCCAAGCUCUGAGCCCAGAGCGAAACAUAGUGUGAAGAUCAGAGCUGCAGACGUCCGCAUCUUGAAUUGGAGUUCCUGGAGUGAAGCCAUUGAAUUUGGUUCUGACGACGGGAACCUCGGCUCUGUGUACAUUUACGUGCUCCUGAUCGUGGGAACCCUUGUCUGUGGCAUCGUCCUCGGCUUCCUCUUUAAAAGGUUCCUUAGGAUACAGCGACUGUUCCCGCCAGUUCCACAGAUCAAAGACAAACUGAAUGAUAACGGUGAGGUGGAAGACGAGAUCAUCUGGGAGGAAUUCACCCCAGAGGAAGGGAAAGGCUACCGCGAAGAGGUCUUGACCGUGAAGGAAAUUACCUGAGACCCAGAGGCUGUAGGAAUGGCAUGGACAUCUCCGCCUCCGUGACACUGGGGAACUGUUUUCUUGAUGAUGCUGUGAACCUUUAUAUCAUUUUCUAUGUUUUUAUUUAAAAACAUGACAUUUGGGGCCAGGCGCGGUGGCUCACGCCUGUAAUCCCAGCACUUUGGGAGGCCAAGGCAGGCAGAUGACCUGAGGUCAGGAGUUUAAGACCAGCCUGCCCAACAUGGUGAAACCCCAUCUGGACUAAAAAUGCAAAAAUUUACCCAGGCACGGCAGCGGACGCCCAUCAUCCCAGCUACUUGGGAGGCUGAGGCAGGAGAAUUGCUUGAACCCGUGAGGUGGAGGUUGUAGUGAGCCGAGAUCGCGCCAUUGCACACCAACCUGGGUGACAGAGCAAGAUUGCAUCUCAAAACAAACAAUAAUAAUAAAUAAUAAAAACCUGAUAUUUGGCUGGGCGCCGUGGCUCAUGCCUGUAAUCCUAACACUUUGGAGGAUUGCUGGAGACAGGAGUUUAAGACCAGUCUGGGCAACACAGCAAGACCCUGUCUCUACAAAAAAGGCAAAAAUUAGCUGGGCGUGGUGGCUUCUGCCUGUAGUGCCAGCUAUCUGGGAGGCUGAGGUGGGAGGAUCACUUGAGUUCAAGCUGACAGUAAGCUAUGAUUGCACCGCUGCACUCCAGCCUGGGUAACAAACUAAGACCCCAUCUCUCUGUCUCAAAAAAAGUGAUAUUUCGCAAAGAUGCUUAGACUCCAAGAAGCUUUUGCAUCUCCUUCCAACCCAACCACUGAGGUACUGUGUAGCCUCCUCCUUGAAUAACUGACCUGGUGAGCUGAGAUUGCGCCAUUGCAAUCCAGCCUGGGCAACAAGAGCAAAACUCCAUCUCAUUUAAAAAAAAAAAAAAAAUUGAUGGCCGGGCGUGGUGGCUCACACCUGUAAUCCCAGCAGUUUGGGAGGCCGAGGCGGGUGGAUCACGAGGUCAGGAGAUCGAGGGCAUCCUGGCUAACAUAGUGAAACCCCAUCUCUACUAAAAAUACAAAAAAUUAGCCGGACGUGGUAGCGGGCGCCUGUAGUCCCAGCUACUCGGGAGGCUGAGGCAGGAGAAUGGCAUGAACCCGGGAGGAGGAGGUUGCAGUGAGCUGAGAUCACAACGCCGCACUCCAGCCUGGAUGACAUAGCGAGACUCCAUCUCAAAAAAAAAAAAUUAUUAUUGUACAGUGCCAGGCCUCCCUGGGUUAAAAAUCCAGUUUUUAGUAGGUCCGGUUCCUUCUGGAGGACAAAGUGAUGAUAUAGUUUGGUUGUUUGUCCCUUGCAAAUCUCAGUUUGAAAUUUGGUUCUCCGGGUCGGAGGUGGGACCUGGCAGGAGGUGUUUGAAUCAAGGGGUGUGGACUCCUUAUAAAUGGCUUGGUGCCUUUCUUGUAGUAAUGAGUGAGUUCUUUCUCUAUUUGUUCCUGAAAGAGCUGGUUAUGAAAAAGAGGCUGGUGCCCGGGCGCGGUGGCUCACACCUGUAAUCCUAGCACUUUGGGAGGCUGAGGCGGGUGGAUUGCCUGAGCUCAUGAGUUCGAGACCAGCCUGGGCAACAUGGUGAAACCCCGUUUCUACUAAAAUACAAAAAAUUAGCCGGGUGUGGUGGCAGGUGCACCUGUAGUCCCAGCUACUCAGGAGGCUGAGGCAGCAGAAUUGCUUGAACCCGGGAGGCGGAGGUUGCAGUGAGCCAAGAUCAUGCCAUUGCACUCCAGCCUGGGCAACGGAGUUAGAUUCUGUCUCCAAAAAAAAAAAAAAAAAAAAGGUAAAAAGAAAAAGAGGCUGGUACCUCCUUCCCUGCCUCUUGCCACCUCUCCCACCAUGUAACACCAGCUCCCCUUCCUCUCCCACCAGGAGUGGAAGUUGUUGAGGUUCUCAGCAGCAGAUGCUGAAGGCACAAUUCCUGUACAGUCUGUGGAAUCAUCAGCCAAAUAAACCUUUUUUUUUUUUUUAAGAUGCAGUCUUGCUUUGUCGCCAGGCUGGAGUGCAGUGGCACAAUCUCUGCUCACUGCAACCUCCA